AUGGCAUGCUCAAAAAUAUUUUCAGGAGAUUUACCUGAAUUAACGAGUGAAAUUAUCGAAUAUUUUCGAUACGAUUUUUCAACACUAUAUUCAUGUAUUUUGGUUAAUAGAUUAUUUUGUCGUGUAGCGAUUCCGUCAUUAUGGGAGGAUCCAUUUUCAAUUACUACUGAAAAUUAUAAUUUUAUUAAUAUUUACUUAAGUAAUUUAAAUGAUGAUGAUAAAACAAAAUUAAAUGAAUAUGGAAUUGAUAAAAAUUUAAUUCCUUCAAAUACUUUAUUUAAUUAUCCUAAUUAUAUUAAAUCUUUAAAUAUUCAAAUCAAUUAUUAUAUUGAAUUAUGGGUUAAAAAUUUUAAUAAUAAUUAUUCCAUAAAAUAUACAUUUCCUUCAAAUUCUACAAUAUUAAUUUAUAAAUCAUUAUUUAAAAUAUUUAUUGAAAAUGGAGCAACUUUACAUACUUUUGAUGUAAUUUCAUAUGUACAUCAUGAAUAUUUAAAUGAAACUUUUGAAUUAAUUUUAAAAAAUCCAAAUUUUAUUCGUAAUAUUAAAAAUUUAAAACUUCAAGGAAUUACAAAUUUACCAAAAUUUAAUUCAUUACUUUCAUUAUUAAAUUCAAAUUGUAAUUUAAUUUCAACUUUACAUUUUCAAUUUAAUGAUGAUUUAUUAAUUUCUUCUAGUAUAAUUAAUUCACAAAAAAAUCUUAAAAAAAUAUUAUAUAAAUAUAAUGAUUUUCCUUCAAAUUAUUCAUUAUUAUCAUUAAAAGAUUCUAAUUGUUCAAAUACUUUAAAAACUAUUAUAUUUCAUGAAACUGAUUUUAAAGAUAUAAAUAUAUUAAAAGAAGUAUUUGAACAAUUAAAUUGUUUAGAAUCUAUUCAUAUUCUUUAUUGUCGUUCUUUAAAUUCUCAUUUUAUUCAACAAAUUGUUAAUAUUACUAAACCUUUUAAAUUAAGAUCUUUAUUUUUAAAUGAACCAAUUGAAUCUUUACAAUUAUUAAUACAAAAAUCUAAUAAUUAUUUAGAAAAUAUUGGUUUUAGAACUUUUAUUAUAAAUGAUCAAAAUAAUAGACAAUUGGUUGAGAAAAUUUUAUCAAAUUGUAGAAAAAUCAAUUUUUUUGAUUUCUCUUAUAUUCAUACAUCAGAUCAUAUUUAUCAAACUUUUGAUUUAAUUAAAAAUGUUGGACAAAAUCUUAAUUAUCUUUCAAUUGAAUUUGAUUUUACUCAUACUAAUACUAUUAAAUUAAGUUCAAUUAUAUUAAAAAAAUUAGGACAAAUUCUUCCUUUAAAAUUAGAAUAUUUGAAAUUAUCAUUAGUAAUUUAUACAACUGAUUUUAAAACUUUUUUAGAUAAUUCUCAAAAUAUUUUUAUUAAAAAAUUAGUUAUUAAAAAUAUAAUAUUACAAAGUAAUUUAUUUGAAAAAAUUAAGAAAUUUGUUAUCAAAAAUACAAAUCAAGAUAUUUUACCUUAUAUAGAAGAAUAUAUUAUUAAAAAGAAAAGAGUUAAAUAUUUAGCUUUUAAAGAAGAUUAUAUGGGAUUAAGAGAUUUAUUUUUAUUGAAAGAUCAAGUGAAGAAAUUCGAAUUAUAUGAUAUUAAAGUUCAAAAAUAUGAUGAUUUAAAUAUUUAUUUGUAUAAAUAUAUAGAAGAAACCUAUUAA